UUUUACAAGCCAUAGUGACCUUGUUCAAAUAUUCCGUUCAUCUUUGGGUUUAAGCGUAGUUAAAACUGGUUGGUCAUAGGAUACGUUUCAACCAAAACAAAUUUUUAAGAAAUCUUUUAAGGUGGCAGAAAAAUACAUUUCAAGAUCUUCUGUAGAAAGUAUGGGCUUGAAAUUUAAAUUCAUUGCUCUGAGGAGAGGAAAACUGCCUACAUAAUAGAUAUCAAAUCAGAGUUUGCAAAGAUCGCUGCAAGCUAUCAUCGACAAGAGUGGGUUACGAAGCUGCGAAGGAGCCAAAGCAGCUGCCAAUUGCCGUUUCUUGUCGGCUGAUAGAAUGCAGCUACAGCAUGGGAAAAUUUCGAAGCAGGUGUUGAGGAAGAUCAUCAAGCAAAGUCGCAAAGAGAUUGCACGACUGGCCUAUUGUGACGAAGCAUUUCAUUUCAAAUUCAUCGUCUGUAGUUUCUGUUUUUUAUUCAAACACAUGUAGCCUUCGGUAAUGGUGCGGUAUCGAAAGCAUGUUAAUUCAAGAGAACAUCUUGGACACAUACAGCAACUUUCUCUGUAACUAACCUGACGUGAUGGUGGAUAUUUACGCCAGUUGCGAAAAUGUUUGCGAAAAUGCUCGCCAAGAGCUUAAUGAACGUAUUGACACUCGAAGUUUUGACAUUGAAGCUUUACGAGAUCGGAUGUCAGAAAGACCAGACGUCUAUUUCGAGAGAAAAGACGAUGAAUUUCUGCUACAGUUUUUAAGAGCUCGCAAGUUCGACAAAGACAGAGCUUUCAACCUGCUUGUAAACUACUGUAGAUUCCGUCGACGUCAUAGACAGUUCUUUCGCUCGUUACGAGCAUCUUGUUUACGGCCAGUUUUCGAAGAUGGACUGCCAAUGGUCAUGCCGGAACGUGAUCAUCUGGGUCGUAGCAUCGUAAUAAUGUUCCCAGGGAACUGGAAUACGAAGCUGUACACCUUUGACGACAUUUUACGAUCCUUAUUGUUGACAAUGGAAUAUCUGAUAGAAAGCGAAAGAACUCAAGUUUGUGGUGUUGUAUUUAUAGUCGAUUUCACCGGAUGGAGGCUGUCAGAUGCAUCGCACCUCAACAAGUCACAUUUAAUAGAUGCCAUCAAAGUCUUCCAAGACUGUUUUCCAGCCAGAUUCAAAGGAGUCCACUUUGUUAACCAGCCUUGGUAUGUGAGAUUGCUAAUGGCUGUCAUCCGACCAAUUUUAAAGCAGAAGGCCCAAAAUAGAAUCCAUUUCCACGGAAAAGAUGUUUUGCGUCUUCACAGCUACGUUCAUCCAAGUGUGCUGCCUCCUGACCUGUGUGGCGAUCUAAAAGUUUCAGACAAAUCUUGGCUUUAUAAAGCUUUACUUGACAGAGAAGUGAGCAAACAUAAAAGUUGAUUGAAUUUGGUAGAUUGUAUUUGGUACUAACUGUCGUGCUUACCUACAUUAUAUAAUUCAUGCAUGUUUAUACAAGUUCAUUCACCAUUAUUACUCGCUUUUAUCGCUUUUGAUUCUGCACGUGCCGUCGCCAAAACAAUUGAAAAGUCAAGAGCAGAAUUUCAAGACCUAACCAUAGAAUUUCACUCGAGAGAGAAUGCAGCAAUGUAAAAGCAAUAUGCCAGAAGCAGACGUUUCAUCUGAAAAGCUUUAUAUUGUGAAUAAUUGUAAAGAACUCAUUGUCAUUCUUCAUCAAAUCCUUCAUUCUAGGAUAUCAUUAGAUUUAUUUUGGAAUUUUCUGAAGGUAAUUGUGACGCGAAAAGCAAAAAAAACUGUCUAAGCUAUUCAUCCCUUCUUCGGGUUUCCUGGAAGGAGACUGCAGAAACGUUGGUGCUAAGCAUAGCCAACGUCAAAAGCAGCCUACAAUCAU